AUGGGUCAGGAAUCUUCUAGGAAUCCGCCUAAAAAUUUCCCUGUGUUACAAAACAUGACGCCCAAGCAAAAAGACGUGACAGUUAAACUGACGCCACCCAAACCAUGGAUCAACCCUGCACACUCGUCAGCUUACUCCAUUCCCGCCCGUUUGUCUAGAGACAGUGGUCACGACUCCGCUGAAAACAUUGCUCCAGAUCCACCAGCAGACGAUCCCCAGCCGCCAGCGAAAAGACGGAGAACCGAACCUUCAGCAAACAGCGUGGCGUCCACUGCCAGUGAUUUCGGAUUACGCCCCUUGUCAAGUAGUCAGACGACUAACGCUGGUGACGUCAGUGGUGGUGAUGGUCACGUGUUCAAGAAGCCGAUGGAAACUAAGCUGUGGACGCGUCUUCGGGAGCAGUCGCUGAGAGAAAGGAGAGACAACUUGCUGCAUUAUGGGACGGUCCACUCCGGAGAUGUGAACUGGGAGAUGGUGGAAGCUGUGUCUGCUCAAGUGUUCUCUCUGGUCGGCGCCUUCGUGGCCAACUUCCAGGAGGAAUUUUACACCAACAGAUUUUCCCCGGAAGAGCGAAUUGUUGUAAGUAAAAUAUGA